UGCAUGUGUGCACUGUGCGCGGAGUAGACUCGUAGACUUACACCGGCAGCGCUGAACUGCGCGGUUCUCGAUGGGGCUGUCGAUUGUAGACCAGCUACUGGGCGCGUCAAACGACCAAGCUGAGUUCCUGCUCAAAGAGUUUAAUGCGAAGCAAGCGUACCGUCUGAAGUGUCCAACCUUGCAGCGGUUUCUCUGGAAACAUGCUCAGGUAUUUACCUUUCCUGACCUCAGCCUGGAUGAUCGGCAGCAACUAGUGUCUCGGCUGAUUGAGCUGGUGUCAUCAGACCAGGAGUCGUGCCAGCUGCGGUGCCUGGAGACCCUGCGGCUGCUGAGCCGAGACCGCUGCCACCUGGAGGAGGUCUUCUCAGCAGAUGUGCUUGCCAACUUGGCAUGCGUGGCCCAACUCACUGGCCGACCCAGUGAGGAGCUGGGCCAGCUGGAACACCUGCAUGCUCAAGUGGUGGUGGAGGCCCUGAAGACCCUGUGCAACCUGAUCUACAACAGUUCCACGGUGCAGCAGAUAUGCAGUCGCAAUGGCUGCGUGGAAGGCGUCAUGCUGCGGCUCAAGCUGUACGGUCACCCAGAUCUGCCACAUGAUGUCAAGUUUUUUGACAUGCGGAUGCUGUUUCUGCUGACAGCCCUUUGCGCCGACACCAGGCCUCGGUUGCGGACAGAGCUGCAUGGCCUGACCUACUUGCGGGAGACGCUUGAUCUGGUUCUCAAGUUAAGUGAGGAGCGCACUGUGGCAGAGCAAAGCUCAUCCGGGCUCAGGCGGUGUAUGCGCCAUAGCCGUCGAGGGCGUCACGGAGGGGGCGACCCCGGAGGGGCAACUCCCGUGCUCAGCGCUGAGGAUGCUUCACUGGCGGCCGAAGUGCUGAAGGUGCUCUACAACCUCACCUGCAGCCUCGACAAGUUCCACGUGGAAGAGGAGGAUGAAGUUCAUUUUGAACGCUUGGUGGGCCUCCUGCAUGACCUGCUUCUGUGCGACGUUGUCAGUGCCGAAGCCAAAGACCAACUACAUGGGCAAGUGGUGCACCUUCUGUCGAGCGUUCCACGUUCAUGCUACGCCGAGCUACUCACAGAAGCGAGCCCUGGCGAAGAGGGCACUUUUGAAGGCUACAAUGUGGAUGCAGUGGCUGCGCUGGUUGCUUACCUGGAGCGUAGACUCGAUGAGGUGGAAACCAAACCCAGCUUUCGCCAACAGUUGACUCCGGUGCUGCUGUGCUUGGCUGAAUGUGGUCGCGGACACAGGAUACUGCGCCGGUACCUGCGCGCAAGGGUGCUGCCACCACUUAAGGAUGUCAUGAAACGCCCUGAAUCAGGCAACACGCUACGCAACAGGCUGGUGCGGUUGAUGACGGUUCCGUGCACUGACACCAAGCAACUGGCAGCCGAGUUGCUGUUUGUGCUGUGCAAGGAGAAGGUGGGCCGCCUAAUCAAGUACACUGGUUACGGUAAUGCUGCGGGGCUGCUCGCUCGGCGAGGGUUGCUGCUAGGGGGAGCCGAAGUGCUAUACUCAAGCGACUCGGAGGACAGCGACACGGAGGAGUACUUGAGGCAUCGAGACCACAUCAAUCCGGUGCUGGGCUGCCACGAGCCAGCGCGUGAGUCACCCAUGCAAGGGCUCAGCGAGGAGCAGAAGGAGCACGAGGCCAUGCAGCUUGUCAACCUCAUGGACCGACUCGCCAGGGGCGGCGUAGUGCAACCAGCACGCAUUGGUGCUGACGGGCGUCCACACCCAAUUGAGCAUGUGCUGGAGCUCCAGGAAGACCGCGACCUUACAGCAUCAGAGUCUGACUAAGAUGCAGCAUUGGCCUGUCGGCUGCGACCACAGGCUGCAUAUCUGGUUCAUUUGAAACUAUGCGUUAAUUCUCAUUAUUCGGUUCAAUUCAUUCAUUUUUUUUCUCACAUGUAGUUCGUGCUUUCUUUAUUAUUCCCCAUUAGUUGUCGCCCUUUGCUGUCGGUGCGUCGCAGUUGGCGUUUUGUCACGUGUUAAAAGUCAGUCUUUGGAGAGAGUCUGAAAUUUUCGUUUUAUUGUGGCACAAAAGACAAACACAGCUUGAACUUAGGUGACAUGGGGGCUAUCAUCAUACUGGCCGUUGCUUUUGUUGAGAAUUUCUUCAUUACUUAUCCAUCUUCUCACCGAAAGGUUUUCGUGAUAGCAGGGUUGCCUACAAAAGAACUGUAAGGCAGGGACGCAAAAUGAACCCCUGAGUUUGUUUCCACUGCCUGAGAUGAGUAGAGCUAUCGCAGUAGUCAUCAGAGCCGUGGUUCAGGCAAUUUUUCACCAGUAUGAAUGCAACUGCCGUGGAGUGUGCCGAAUACACAUGAGCGCAGUCGGUCCCGACUCACACUUGUGGGAGGAGUUGCUGAUCACAGCUGCAUGGGAUCAAGCCAUCCAUGAUUGUUGUAGUCCACAUUCUUAAUCAUAUUUUGCUGUAUUUCUGCAGAAACUGAUUCUGUCUGAUGUGACAUAACCUAAUCUUAAUUAUAUCUUAGUGUGUGAAGUUACAUUCCCUGUUGGUUAGUGAUAUUACAAAUAAAUAGCGUUGUAUUAUAAAACAAUUGGUCCUUCGAAGGCUCUGCAAUCUCAGUUAAGCUGAAUAAGGAAAUGCGCUCGGAUAAGUAGAAUUUAUAUACGUCAUGACAGAAUGGAAGACGAGAGCACAAGCAGAGUGAAUGUCAUAUGUGUAAAAAGUCGUGUGGCUUUGUCCAAGUGCAGAAUAAAGGUAUGUGUGUGCCCAACCGUCUGUGUCGUCUGUG